UCCGGAGAUCAUGACCUUAGCGAAGCCGGUGGCUUAAUGGACUGAGCCACCCAGGCACCCCGCACUCCCAGAGCCACCCACACGCCCCUCGUUUUCUUUUAUCGCCUCUGUUUCUCCUACUACGUCAGUUUCCCGAGCGCCUCCUUAUGUUAAUAUUGGUCUCGAGGAGGAAAAGGGGGCCUGCGGAGGAGGGGGUGGCCUCACUUGCCAAGGGAAAGAUGAGCCUUGGGGACCUCUGAACCGAGUAACUCCUUUUGGGGUCCGCACCUGGGGUCCGGAGCUAAGUAAUCCUCGAUCACCCCCAGGGUGUAGUUUAGAAGCCUGUGACUGGCAGACAGUGAGGUUGGCCCUAGGACUCCACUUCCCAGGAGGUGUCGGGGCACCGUGCCGAGACUGCGUGUGACGACGGGGUGGGACUCGGUAGCUGCCCGGAUGUGGCGCUGAGCCCGCCGAGCCUGCCCACCCCGGGCGAGAAUUGCCCUGGAGGCUCUGCCCGCAUCGGUGAGCGACGCGGGGAGGACGAUCGUUUUGCCAGAAAAAUUCACUUACGUACAUUCACAUCAUAUUGUAUACUUCAGAGGCGGCUUCUAGGACCUACUGAAGCUUAUUGUCUAGCAGUCCAUGGACUCCGCGGACUCCAAGGGAAGAAUGCAGACAAUCAAAUGUGUGGUCGUAGGAGAUGGGGCUGUAGGUAAGACCUGCCUCCUCAUCAGUUACACAACAAAUGCUUUUCCUGAAGAGUAUAUCCCUACCGUCUUUGACAACUACAGUGCCCAGACAUCUGUGGACGGCCAAAUUGUCAGCCUGAACCUGUGGGACACAGCUGGCCAAGAGGAGUAUGACCGACUGCGAACGCUGUCCUACCCCCAGACCAAUAUCUUUGUCAUUUGUUUUUCUAUUGGUAACCCAUCGUCGUAUGCCAAUGUGAGGCAUAAGUGGCACCCAGAGGUCUCUCAUCAUUGCCCCGAUGUACCUGUCCUGCUGGUAGGCACCAAGAGGGACCUGCGGAAUGACAUUGAGACAGUGAAGAAGCUGAAGGAACAGAGCCUAGUGCCCACAACUCCUCAGCAAGGCACUUCCCUGGCUAAGCAGGUGGGGGCUGUGAAGUAUCUGGAAUGUUCAGCCCUGAUGCAGGAUGGGGUCCAUGAGGUAUUUUCAGAAGCUGUCCGCGCUGUGCUUUACCCUGCCACAAAGAAGAACACCAAGAAGUGUGUCCUCUUAUAGCUUUCAGGGUGCUACUUGGGGACUGCACCUAAGGAGAAUGAGGGCGAUUCCUUUGAUAGCAUUUAACAAUGCCAGCACAAGUGAUUUGUCUCUUUUCCUAGAACCCGUAAGCUCCAGGUUGUUGGGCUUUUGGAGGAACAAAGACAGCCUAGUUUGUACAUGGCUGCUUUGAAGUUUGGUCUGAAUCUUCUGGAGGAAGUUUGGGGAGAGAGAGAGAGACUGACUUUUACCUCUAAAUUUAGCUUUCCUACUUAUAUUUACCAUUGAGCAAGUGCCUCACAGAAGGACAAGUUUCUACAGUUUUCAGAUCAUUGCCUUAAACUUUCUAAUAUGCUAAUUUUGGAAAAGCAUUUUAUAUGUGAUUCCUGGGUGUUCCCAGUAUUGGCAUGUUCUUCCCAUUCUUGAGAUCAGAUAUUUUUGCAAAAAAUGGUUAAGCAGCAUUUUUCAAAGUUCUGUGAGAUACUAAUAGAUGUUCCUUAAAAGGGUUCUGUGGUCAAGUAAGUCAGGAACCAGUGAUUUUUUUUUUCAGUUUUUGUUUAAAUGCCAGUUACCAUACAGUAUAAUAUUAGUUUCAGGUGUACAAUAUGGUGAUUGAACACAUCUGCACAACACCUGGUGCCCAUCACAACAAGUUCACCCCUUAACCCCCAUCACCUAUUUAACCCAGCUCCCCACCCACCUCCCUUCUGGUAACCCGUGAUUUAAAUAAAGCUGAAUAGGUUCCUCUACUGCAGGAAUUUAUAACUUUCAAUAA